CCCCAGCGGUAGCGUCAUUCUCUUGCAUGUUCGGGGAGAAAUGGCUGCACAAGAGCCAUCACCACCAUCUUCACUGGAAGGCAACAAACCAGGGUUCCCUAAGAAAAUUUUGGCGAACAACCUCGAAGAAAAACACUUGUGUAAUUAUUGUUUGAAAAUAUUGAGAAGGCCUCUACAAGCCCAAUGUGGCCAUCGUUUUUGUUUGUUCUGUUUCAACAAAAUUGUUAGUUCUGGACAACAGAAAUGCAGUGCUUGCAUCAAAGAGGACUUGUUUGAGGACCCCACAUCUAUUCUUAAAGAAGGCGGUGCUUUUCCUGACAAUGCAGCGCGGAGAGAAGUGGAAGCAUUGGCAGCUGUUUGUACAAAUGAAGGGUGCACUUGGACGGGCAAUAUCAAAGAAUAUGAGGUGAACCAUGAGGGAAAGUGUGACUUCAUGAUAAUUCUCUGUCCCUCCUGUAAAGAACUCAUGAGAACCAAUGAGCUGGAGCGCCACAAUGAACGAGAAUGUCCUGAGAGGACUCUAAACUGCAAAUACUGCAAAGAACCUUUCCAUUUCAAGAACAUCAAGGCUCACGAUGAGAUCUGUCCAAAGUACCCAAUGAUUUGUGAAGGCUGCGCAAAGAAAAAGAUUCCCAGGGAAAAGUAUGUGGACCACAUCAAGUUCUGCAGUAAAUUCAGAGCACCUUGCAGAUUUCACGUCGUUGGCUGUGAUAUGUCUGUGGAGAAGGAGAAGACCCAUGACCAUGAGCGUGCAUGUUCCUACGAACACUUAAAUCUACUCUUGCAUUUCAUCAUGGGCAUCAAGGUGAGCCUGGAGAGCUUGCAGCCCCAGAGCCUGGAGCUCGCAGGUCACAAGAUCCACGAGCUGCACCGGGCCUUGAGAGAGCUGGAGCUGAAGCUGGGACAGCUGACUCUGGGUGGGGGAGCCCCCGUGCAGGGAGGCUGUACCCCUACCCUCCCUACCCUGGCCCUCCCUGCCCUGGCCACAUCCUUCACCCCCCUGCCCAGUACGGUGGGCGCGGCCCUGGAGUUGCAGCUCCACAGUGAGAAGACCAAGGUGGCAGAGCUGAGCCGGCGGUGCCAGGAACUGGAGCUGAAAGUGGGCACCUUCGAGAACAUUGUCUGCGUCCUCAACCGAGAGAUGGAGCGCUCCUCCACCACCAUCGAGGCCUACAACCGCCAGCAUCGCCUGGACCAGGACAAGGUGGAGAUCCUCAAUAACAAGGUGCGUCAGCUGGAGAGAACUGUGGGCCUGAGAGACCUGUCCAUUGUGGAGAUGGAGGGGAAUAUGCGGGAGAUGUCGGCAGCUACGUUUGAUGGCAUCUUUGUCUGGAAAAUCUCUGAUUUCACAAAGAAAAGACAGGACGCUGUUGCUGGCAGAGCCCCAGCUAUGUUCUCCCCCGCAUUUUUCACCAGCAAAUAUGGCUACAAGAUGUGUCUACGGAUUUAUCUGAAUGGGGACGGGACCGGACGGGGCAGUCACUUGUCUCUGUUCUUCGUAGUGAUGAGGGGGCACAGUGACGCCCUCCUCAAGUGGCCCUUCAACCAGAAGGUGACCCUGAUGCUGCUGGAUCAGAAUAACCGAGAGCACAUCAUCGAUGCCUUCCGUCCCGACAUCUCCUCCUCCUCCUUCCAGAGGCCCGUCAGUGACAUGAACAUCGCCAGCGGCUGCCCGCUCUUUUGCCCUCUUCCCAAACUGGACACCAAAAACUCCUACAUACGAGAUGAUACUAUAUUCAUCAAGGCUAUAGUAGACCUCACUGGCCUCUAGGUGAAAAGUGUGCCCACUGCCCAAGCUCUCUCCCUUGGUUACUCAUGUGAUCAACUUGUAGGGGUUUGCCAUGCCAUCCAGGGGCUUUGCUGGGGUGGUUUAUGUCUCAAAUGGCACCCUAUUCCCUAUGUAGUGCACUACUUUUGACCAGAGCCUAAUGGGCUCUCGUCCAAAGUAGUGCACUACAUGGGGAAUCGGGUGCCAUUUGGGACACACCCUAGAUCUUCGGUUAGUAUGUGGUUUCUUGGCUGGUUGAAGAGUCCCCCAUUCACAGCACAAUAUUGUGCUAGCCAUAAUUUAGCUUGACAUCAUUGUUACCAAGCAACCAAUAUCACAGUAACAUUUUGCGAUGUAGUUCUUGUUAAAUUGAAAAUAGAAAGUGUUUGAUAUUUCCCUUCAGUUAGUGGGAUAGCCGUUUGCUGUUAUUGAAUUGAUACUACUCUGGCAAUUUAGCUUUGUAGGAUGAAAACAGAAACAGAGCAAUGGUCUUGUCAUUCUAUUAGUGCUAGGCGCUUGUGUAACUGCAUUUGAUGCUAGGUAUUUGGUAAACCAUUCAUUUCGAGCAACUUUUGCAUAGACAGACGUGGAGUUCCAACAACAACAAUUGAUGCCCAUUAUCUUACCUUUUAAAUGGUCAGUUUGGCACAUACUUUGCAAUGCAUUUAAGAGUAGGAAUUUGAAGUCAUCUGACAUUUGUGUCAAGCGUUGUGUGCCUCUAAUCUCAAAUCCUGUGUUUGUAGUGGUGGACAUUUCUUGAAUUCCAUGAAUUCCGGGUGCAGUAUUUGGAUUUUGAAUCAAUGUUGUCUGUGUGCACAUUUCCUUUUCUCUUUUUGAGUUGGGUUGCUAUAUUAGUUUGCAUGUUGAAUCUGUGGAAGAUACACUGUAGUUUGCAACAGGGUAGUUCACUAAACCUGAAUAGCAGCGACCGAGAAGUUGUCAUCAGCCUGGUGUUAUAGCUUGAGGUGGGAAGCUAUAACACCUAUUGUGAAGAGAUCAAGGAUUGUUUACAAAUCACUAAACAGGGUCUUAGAAAUCUAAUGGUAUUCAAGGGUAAAUGUUUAUUUGUAAUAGUGUUUUCUUCACAGCUUCGAGCUGUUCAUUGAUUCAAGAAAAAAUCUGUGUCCUAGCUUUUACUAUAAGAAGUGCCUGCAUCCGUCAUAAGUUAAUUCUGAUCAAUGAGCCAUUGAACCGUUGAUGUGCUGUCCUGUGAAAUUGAUGGAUCCAAAAAAGUUUCAGUUGUGUGAAAAAGAGCAGUUAUAUAUCCUUAUAAAAACCCUUUACUGUGGUGUAUUUUGGUAUGUUCAUA